AUGACGAUCACAGAUGAGUCGGAGAGUUGUGGAAGCAGAGCCGUCGUGGCUACUCCGUCACAGGAAAACCCUAGACAUUACCGGAUGAAACUCGACGUCUACGGAGAGAUUUUACAGCGACUCCAAGAAUCUAACUACGAAGAAGCUACCCUUCCCGAUUUCGAGGAUCAACUUUGGCAACAUUUCAAUCGCCUUCCUGCUCGAUAUGCUCUCGAUGUUAAAGUUGAGAGAGCAGAAGAUGUCCUCACACAUCAGAGGUUGCUUAAAAUGGCGGAAGAUCCUGCAACUAGGCCUGUGUUUGAAGUUCGUAGUGUACAGGUCUCGCCAAGAAAUUCUGCUGACUCUGACCCUGCGUUGGAGGAAGAUGCUCAAAGCUCUAGACACCCAAACGGACAGGGGGUACUUGCACCUCCAACAUUUGGUUCUUCUCCAAACUUUGAGGCUAUUACUCAGGGGAAUAAAAUUGUUGAAGAUGUUGAUAGUGCUGUCAAUGCAACAAUGCCUACUCGACCGAUGCACGAGAUCACGUUUUCAACUAUUGAUAAGCCAAAACUUCUUAGCCAGCUUACUUCUCUUCUUGGCGAGCUUGGACUAAACAUUCAAGAAGCUCAUGCUUUCUCUACUGUGGAUGGUUUUUCGCUGGAUGUCUUCGUUGUUGAUGGUUGGUCCCAGGAGGAAACAGAUGGUUUAAAAGAUGCACUGAGCAAGGAGAUACUGAAACUUAAGGAUCAACCUGGUUCAAAACAGAAAUCUAUUGCUUUCUUUGAGCAUGACAAAUCAAGCAACGAGCUGAUACCAGCCUGCAUUGAAAUACCCACGGAUGGAACUGACGAGUGGGAAAUUGACGUUAAACAGCUCAAAAUUGAAAAGAAAGUUGCAUCUGGUUCAUAUGGGGAUCUGCAUAGAGGCAUUUAUUGCAGUCAGGAAGUAGCUAUCAAAUUUCUCAAGCCCGAGCGUGUAAACACGGAAAUGCUUAGAGAGUUUUCUCAAGAAGUUUACAUUAUGAGGAAAGUCCGACAUAAAAAUGUCGUUCAAUUUUUGGGUGCAUGCACAAGAUCUCCGACUCUCUGUAUUGUGACUGAGUUCAUGGCCCGGGGAAGCAUUUAUGAUUUUCUUCACAAACAAAAAUGCGCUUUCAAACUUCAAACUUUGCUAAAAGUUGGACUUGAUGUUGCAAAAGGGAUGUGCUAUCUACAUCAGAACAACAUUAUUCACAGGGACCUGAAGACUGCCAAUCUUCUCAUGGAUGAACAUGGACUUGUCAAGGUUGCUGACUUUGGAGUAGCCAGAGUGCAGAUUGAAUCAGGGGUCAUGACAGCCGAGACAGGGACUUACCGUUGGAUGGCUCCAGAGGUCAUUGAGCACAAACCAUAUAAUCACAAAGCAGAUGUGUUCAGUUACGCAAUAGUGCUUUGGGAACUUUUGACUGGAGAUAUCCCAUAUGCUUUCUUGACUCCACUGCAAGCGGCUGUUGGUGUUGUUCAAAAGGGGCUUAGACCGAAAAUACCAAAGAAGACACACCCAAGCGUGAAGGCACUUCUGGAGAGAUGCUGGCAUCAAGACCCAGAACAAAGACCGAUCUUCGAGGAAAUCAUAGAUAUGCUUCAGCAGAUAAUGAACGAGGUUCCAGAUGAAGACGAAACAAGCAGCAAGGACAAUCAGUGUCGUAGUUUCAUGCAUGCCUUCAGAAAGCCACGUUACUAG